CUCUGUCUGCCUCCCUUCCGCCGCCCCCCUCCCCUUCUCUCUUCUCUCUUUUUCCCUUCCGUUCCUCCCUCUCCUUCCACCGCCCGCCCCUCUGUGCUGUCUCACUUCCCGGCCUUCUGACAAGAGCUGCACAUUUGUAUGCAGGGGUGGAAGAGCCCUUUACCUCCCUUCUAAGUUGGAGCUCGAGUACGAUGUGGUUGUAUUCUCAUACUUGCUAAAACCCCAAAGCCGUUGAGUUAAAGCUCUGGUUGAAGGAGUUAACAAUGGAAACCGAAGUAGUUAUUGCCUCAUCUCCGACAGACGCUGGAAUCAGCUGUUGGGACCUCCACACCGGGGCUGAGCACCUCCGCUACAAGUCGUGCGCCUCCCCUUCCCACGGUCUUACCUCCGUUGCCGGCCGCUUUCUUGCCUCCUCCCAAAUCCGAGAGUCCAAGUCGUCGUCUUCGUCUGGGUCCAUUCUCUAUUGGUCCUGGAGCAAGCCCCAGGUUGAAGUUAGGAGCUUUCCUGCCGAACCCAUAAAGCCACUUGUCUCCAAUAGUCAAGGAACUUACAUUGCAGGAGGAGGUGUUUCAGGGGAUAUAUACUUUUGGGAGGUUGCAACUGGCAAAUUGCUCAAGAAGUGGCAUGCACAUUACCGGGCUGUUAGUUGCUUGGUUUUUAAUGAUGACGAAUCCCUUUUGAUUUCAGGGGCGGAAGAUGGAUCUGUUCGCGUUUGGUCACUUUUCCUGAUAUUCGAUGAUGCAAGGAGGGAAGAGAUGAAACAUUUGUUUGAGUACAGUUUCCAUGAGCAUUCUUUGAGGGUGACUGAUGUUAAAACUGGCUAUGGUGGAUCGAAUGCAAUAAUUGUGUCUGCUUCUGAGGAUCGUACAUGCAAGGUUUGGAGUUUAUCUAAAGGGAAGAUAGUAAGAAAUGUUGUCUUCCCUUCAAUGAUAGAUGCAAUUUCCUUGGACCCUGGGGAACAUGUCUUUUAUGCGGGUGGUAGAGAUGGUAAAAUCUAUAUAGCUGGAUUAAAUUCUCCAGUAACUUCCAACAGCAACUAUGGAUUGCAUAUAGUUGGUGCACUGUCUGAGCACAGCAAAGGUGUAUCCUGCUUGGCUUCUAGUGCUGAUGGAUUUUUAUUAGUUUCUGGAUCAGAGGAUGGCAUGAUUAGAGUGUGGGACACUAGAACGCGAAACAUUAUUCGGGUCUUUAGACACACCAAAGGUCCAGUUAAUAAUGUUCUUGUCAUCAGACAGCCGAAAUACAUAAAUCCUCGUACAUCUGCUACUUCUCUGGCUUCAGCAGCAAGGAGGCAAGGUCUGACAUUACCACCUCCACUGGAAAAGUUUGCUAAUUCCCCAGAUGAGAGUCCAUAUGUUAAAGUACUCAUCGGUCCUCAGACCCUGCCAAAUCAACCCUUAUUCUCUCCAUACAUAAGCAUUCAGACAAUGGAAGCUCAAAUAAAAGAACUACAGAAACAAGGUUCUUCUGCAGCUGCUGAAGUGGAUGUGGAAAGGUUGAAAAGUGAACAGCUGAGGUCUGUGCAAAUGAUCCAGCAAUGGAAAAAGAUGUAUGAGAAUCUGCAUCAAUUCUGUGUCAGCGAGCUUCUGGAAGGCAGUCACACUGAAAGUCCCAAUGGAUAAAAUUUAUGAGGUACCAUUUAGGGUUAUUAGUUUCUCGUACACUAAGCUGAAAAAGUAAGUGCCAAUUGUUCACUUUAGUCUUUCCUUCUUCAUUUGACUUUGAGUUCUCAUCGGUACUGAGGACUCAUUUAGCACAAUUUUCUUAUAGUGGAGGUUGUAAUUCCCUAAAUAGAACAUUAUCACGAGCUUGCAUGAUUCAAAAUUUUUGGUAUACUGUAAUUAUUUGAGAAUUGUACUUUAUAUGAAGCAAUUCUAAAACCGUCUUGCUCCUGAGAUGUAGAAUUGUGAAGUUUCAGCCAACUUAAUGUCAUAUCGAUCUUGAUGCUA